AUGGUCUUCAGCACGUCAAAGGCAGUGGGCAUCUUGGCCCUCGCGGCCGGCUCGGCGACCGCCUCGUCGUAUGCCGCCUCCAUGCCCGUCCGCGCCCAGGGCCUCUUCAAUGAGUCCAUGUCCUGGAUGGACAAUUACUACGACAGCAAGGCGGGCUACCUCUACGACAUCAGCGCCGCCGCGGCCCUGAGACACGAGACGCGCAGUUCCAUCUGGUACGCGCUCGGUCUCCUGGCACGCAACGAGGGCGACGACGUCGCGCAGGCCGAGAAGAUCAUCACCAACACCAUUGGCGGACAGUUCAAGGUUGUGUCUGAGCAAUGGUAUGGUGACUACCAAAUGUACCCCGAGCAGCCGUACGUGGGCUCGCCGGACUACGCGCCCAGCAUCUACAACUCCUGGGACCCCAACUGGCGCGGCUUCGUCGGCACGACGCUUGUCAUGGCGCUCGAGGAGUUCCCCCACCUGUUGAGCAACGACACGCAGGAUCUUAUCCUUCAGUCGCUGUACAACACCACCAAGGGCGACGAGUACCGCGUCGGCGGCGUCGACGACGACAACCUCUACCCCGCCUACAGUAACCCCGCCAUCAUGCGUGCCUUGGUCUCGGGCUACACUGGCCGCCGCUUCGGCGAUGCCAACAUGACGCAGUCGGGCGAGAACUACGCCCAGGAGAUCAUCGACCUCUUCGACCGCGCCAACACCCUCUCCGAGUUCAACUCCGGCACCUACACGGGCGUCUCCCUCUUCGGCCUCACCCUCUGGUCCAAGUACCUCCCCGAGGACUCGGUCAUGUCGAUCAAGGGUCCGCAGAUGCUCUCCGACACGUGGAAGUCCGUCGCCCAGCUGUGGCACCCGAGCAUGAAGAACAUGGCCGGCCCCUGGGACCGCGCCUACGGCUACGACAUGAACCGCUACGUCAGUCUCAUGGCGCUGUGGUUCUGGACGUUGAUUGGCAAGGAUAACUCGUCCAUGAUUGCUUAUCCCCCGGCCAUGUCCCAUUCUGCCGACUACGCCUGGGCCCCCCUCUUCGCCAUCCUUGCCGAGUUCCACGAGAGCCUCAUGCCCGAGGGUCUCGUCGCGAACCUGACUACCUUCUCCGGCGAGCACACCUUCUCGGCGUCGACCUACUACCCUCCCUACGACCUGGUCCCCCGCAACAUCUCCUCCUGGCUCUCGGAAAACCUGACCAUCGGCGCCGAGUCCUUCAAGGAGAACGUCAUCGGCGGGCCGGCGAUUAACCAGGAGGCCUUCAACCCGGCCGUGAUCCAGUGGAACACUGGCGACGAGAUCGCCUUCAUCUCGCUCUACCCCACCGAGAUGGAGCUCGAUGUCGAAGUCGCCCCGAACAAGCUGAGCCUCACCUACCCCAACGGCACCGCCGACUCCAUCUUCACCUUCGUCGUCGCCACCUUCCUCAAGAAGCCCACCGUCUCCGGCUGGGCCGACGUCCAGGGCCUGGCCGUCAACGUCACGGGCAACGUCAACGAGACGUACAGCCUGUCGUUCGCCGGGUCUGUCGGUGGCACCAGCUCGCCGCUCCGCGACUUUGAGUUUUGGAACUUUACCUACUCGAUGCCCCAGGGCUUCGAGGGCACUCCCAGCGUUGUUCUCGACCUGAAGCUGUUGUAG